AUGGCGGGUGUUGAGACAGGGCAAGAACCAAUGGAUUCCAUUUAUUCACAGGAAGUGCCCGAGGAUAAACCUUGGUGGCAAAGAACUCUCAUGAAUGAUGAGAAAGUCCGAUUAGGAACUUGGGAUGGAGUGUUUGCUACGGUAAUGGUAAACAUCUUUGGUAUAAUCAUUUUUCUGCGUAUGGGAUGGAUUGUUGGAACAGCUGGAGUGGAUCAAGCUAUCUUUCAAUUGGCCAUUUGCACAACACUUUCCAUGAUAACCGUCUUCUCAGCUAUUGGUAUAAUUGAACGAUGUCAGAUUAAGGGAGGAGGUGUGUAUUCGUUGAUUGCCCAUGUGUUGGGAAGCCGUAUUGGUGGGGCUGUAGCCAUAAUCUAUACUCUGGGACAGGCUGUAGCGACAGCAUUGGUAGCCGUAGGUCUGGGUGAAUCAUUGGCACACUUUUUUGGAACAGAAAGUAAAGUCUUCGUGAAGUUCAUAGCCAUCGUCACAUUGGCAGCUUUAACCGGAAUUAAUGCGGCUGGUGUGCUAUGGGUUGUUCGUUUACAACUUCUCAUGUUAUUCUGUCUGGCAAUGGCAGUGUUGGAUUUUGGCUUAGGAUUUCUAUUCACAUCAGAUGAAGAGCAUGGUGUAUAUCGUGUUUCAUCUGCACGUCUUCAACUGAAUAGUCAACCUCAUUAUGAUGCUGUUAAUUGCACAAACAUCGGCAUUGAUCGACAAAUACCUUCUCAGACAUUCUUUACCGUCUUUGGUGUGUUCUUUGCAAACUUCUUGGGAAUCUUAGCAGGAGUGAACAUGAGCGGAGAUCUGAAAGAACCAAAGAAGAGCAUCCCCCUGGGAGAGUUAUCAGCUGUAGCUGUUAGCUCGUUCAUCUGCUUCAUUAUGAUUCUGAUAUUGGGAUCAGUAGCUGAUCGAUAUUACCUUCUAUGCGAUUAUUUGAUUGAGGAGAAAGUGUCGUUGACGAAGAUGUUCUUCUUACUUGGACUCUAUCUGUGUUCAUUGUCUUCAACCAUUGGUAGCUUGUUAGGAACGCCAAGGGUUCUACAAGGAAUUGCUUCUGAAGGAAUUAUCCCAGCUCUUAAUCCAUUAGCUCAAGCUUCCGGAACAAACUCAAAUCCAAUUGUGGCUUCUAUCGUACUAAUGACAGUCGCUUCACUCUUUGUUUUAUUAGCUGAUCUCAACAAGUUGGCCAUUCUCUCAACUAUGCCAUUCCUAUUAACUUAUGCGUACGUUAACUAUGCCUAUGUUUCAUUAGCUAUGUCUUACGAUAUAGUUCAUUAUGAACAACAAAUGUCAGCAAAAGCUACUGAUGGUUCUAACUAUGGUUCAACUAGUGCAGAAGCCAAUUCCGAUUUGAAUCAGCUAUUCCCAGAAAGAACGGAAACAACCUUAACCAAUGAUGAUCAAAACAUCAUAACUCAGCCAACGAGUUGGUAUUCCAUGUUCAGUAAUCGAUACGUAUCCUUCAUGGGGUUCGUCGCCAAUAUCGUACUGAUCAUUAUGAUCGACAAAACAAUGGCUUUCAUCCAUUUCUCUCUUCUAUUCAUCCUCUAUCUGUACAUCGGAGUUGUCUCACCUCAUUCAUCACCUGGCAUCUCCAUGUUUACUAUUCCUAAAAUGAUUCGAACCAUAUUUGUAAAUGCUGAGCCAACACCUCAAACAGAUAUUCUGAAUAGAAAUGCGCCAGAUCUUGAUUUGUCCACCACAGCUGUUAAUCAAGUCAAUGAUGAUUAUUAUGAUCGAAAGCCAUAUCAUGCCAUUGAACAACUUCCCAAUCGAUUAAAUUAA